AUGAUUGCAAAGGGAAAAAAUGCUUCUGAGCUGUUUCCUGCAGUUGUGAAGAAUGUUGCCAGUAAAAAUAUUGAGAUAAACAUAUACAAGCUUUUUUAUCUGAUGCAUUAUGCAGAGGAGCAGCAAGAUCUAGCAUUAUUGUCCAUCAGUACUUUCCAGUGUGCUUUAAAAGAUCCUAAUCAGUUAAUCUGUGCAAGUGCUUUAAGAGUUUUAUCCAGUAUCCGCGUGCCAAUUAUUGUUCCUAUUAUGAUGCUUGCUAUUAAGGAAGCCUCUUCUGAUUUAUCUCCUUAUGUGAGGAAGAAUGCAGCCUAUGCAAUCAAAAAACCGUAUAGUCUUGAUCCAGAGCAAAAGGAAAUGUUAUUUGAAGUGACAGAAAAGCUUUUGAAGGAUAGAAGUAUGCUGGUAGCUGGGAGCAUUGUGAUGGCAUUUGAGGAAGUGUGUCCAGAUAGAAUAGAUCUGAUUCACAAGAACUACCAAAAGCUCUGUAAAUUGUUGGUUGACAUGGAAGAGCGGGGUCAACUUGUUAUAAUCCACUUGUUAACUCAAUAUGCACAUACACAGUUUGUAAGCCCAUGGAAGAAGCUUGAAAUCUUGACAAAUUUAGCAAAUGAAGCCAACAUAUCAACUUUGCUUCGAGAAUUUCAGACUUAUGUGAAAAGCCAAGAUAAACAGUUUGCUGCAGCUACAAUUCAGGCUAUAGGCAGAUGUGCAACUAACAUUACCAAAGUGACUGACACGUGCCUUAACGGGCUUGUAUGUUUGCUGUCCAAUAGGGAUGAAAUUGUAGUUGCUGAAAGCAUUGUUGUCAUUAAGAAACUGCUGCAAACCCAGCCAGCACACCAUGGUGAAAUUAUUAAGCAUAUGGCCAAACUCUUGGAUAACGUUACAGUUCCGGUAGCAAGAGCCAGCAUUCUCUGGCUCAUCAGGGAGUACUGUGAAUGGGUUCCAAAGAUUGCACCUGAUGUUUUGAGAAAGACAGCCAAGAGCUUCACUAAUGAAGAUGACCUUGUAAAGUUGCAGAUCUUAAAUUUGGGAGCAAAACUCUAUUUAACAAAUUCAAAGCAGACAAAAUUGCCUACCCAGUAUGUAUUAAAUCUUGGCAAGUAUGAUCAAAGCUACGACAUCAGAGACCGUACAAGAUUUAUUAGGCAGCUUAUUGUUCCGAGUGAGAAGAGUGGAGCUUUAAGCAAAUAUGCCAAAAAAAUAUUUCUGGCACAGAAACCCACCCCGUUGCUUGAGCCUCCUUUUAAAGAUCGGGAUCAUUUCCAGCUUGGCACCUUGUCUCAGCUGAACAGCCGAGCCACUGGCUACCUGGAGCUGUCUGACUGGCCAGAGGUGGCGCCUGACCCCUCUGUCCGAAACAUCGAUGUAGCCGAGUCGGCAAAGGAAUGGACUGUAAUUCUAGGUAAGACAAAUAAAGAGAAACCUACUGAAAAGUUCUACUCUGAAUCAGAAGAGGAAGAUGAGUCUGCCAGUACUACUGCAACAGAGAGCAAGUCUGGCAGUGAAAGCAAGAAGGAAGAUAAGGAGGAAGGCAGCAGUGAUGAGAGUAGUGGGAGUUGUUCUUCCAGUGGAGAAUCAAGUGACAGUGAAUUAGACAGCAAAGAAAGUACUGCAAAGAAAACAUCUAGAGCUGCUGCUGAAAGUGAUUCAGAGGACAUUAAAAAGAAAGCAAAGGAGAUCUCCAAAGAGAGAAACACAUCCAGUUCCUCUGAUACAGAGUCCACUUCAUCAGAAGAAAGAUCUUCAGACUCCAAGUCAGAAUCAGACUCUAAAAGUGACUCUGAGUCUGGAAAAUCUAGAAGUGCUACCUCUAGUAAGAAAGAAGAAAAAACAGGACAAGAUAGAAAAGCUCCAAAUAAACAAGACAUGUUUCUCUUAGAUUUAGAUGACUUCUAUCCUGUGACAACUCCUGUGGCAGUUCCUACAGCAGCUUUUUUGUCCCCAAGUUUAACAGCAGACCUAGAGGGAUUAAGUCUGUCAGGUUCAUCAGUCAUUGAUGUCACUACCCAAGUCUCUGUGCCAACAAAAACACAUGAACUGCUUCAUCGAAUGAGUGGAAAAGGAUUAGCAGCUCAUUAUCACUUCUCAAGACAGCCAUGCAUUUUUGGUGAUCGUAUGGUAUCUGUGCAAGUGACAGUAACACAUACAACUGAUCAGAAGAUAGAGAAUAUUCACAUAGGGGAGAAGUUACCUACAGGCAUGAGGAUGCAUGAAUUUAAUCCAUUAAAAUCCCUUGAGCCUGCAGGAUCUAUUACCAUUUCAAUGAGUAUCAACUUCUGUGAUUCUACUCAGACUGCCAGUUUCCAUUUAUGCACAAAGGAUGAGCAUUUCAAUGUUAACAUUCAACUCCCUGUUGGAGAACUGCUUUUGCCUGUCACUAUGUCAGAGAAAGACUUUAAGGAGCAAGGGAUGCUGACAGAAAUGAAUGAGACAUCUGCUACAAUAGCUGUUGUUCCACAGAACUCUACCAGACUUGUAAUAAUUGAGAGGGUAGUGAAGGCAGCAAACCUGAGUGUAGUCCGUUCUGGUCAAGAUAACAUACACAGGUUUGCAGCUAAGACUGUGCACAGUGGGUCACUGAUGCUGGUCACAGUGGAGCUGAAAGAGAGCUCUACAGCACAGCUCAUCAUAAACACUGAGAAAACCGUGAUUGGUUCUGUUCUGCUGUGGGAGCUGAAGCCUGUCCUGUCCCAGGGGUAACCUGCUUACAUCUGGACUUCAAAAUCUGGCACGCAACAAAAGUGCCUGGCAUCCAC